GUGUGCGCAGGGGCAGAGGAAAUAAGAAGGUAGUGCGUGAGAUUAUGAGAGUGACAAAAAUAGGAAGCUUACGUGUGUAUUUGGGGGCUUGGCCUGUAUUUUUGCAUGCAAAGCAAAAUUUUACUGUGUUAUGAAAUUAUGAGAGGGUUUUGUUUCUUUGUGGGGAUGUUUUUCUUCUGGAGCCCAUUGUGGGAUCAAGUUUCGAGCUUUGUGAUUGGGUCUCUCUCUCUCUCUGUCUCUUUUUGAGAGUUUAUUAAGGAGCGCUAUACAAUUACAGACAAUACCUGUUGAAGAUGAGGGUUGGAAGGAAGAGAGCAACCCAGAGAGAGAAAGCUGUUGCAAAAGCUUAAAGUUCAAAAGCAAGCUAAAAGAAAGCUCAUGAGCUAUGUUAGCCAAUAAUUCAUCUCCCUCGUUAGUUCCCACUUCUGAACCGUUUUCCUGCGCUGAGAAUGGUACUUCUACUAAUAAAAGGAAGAGAAGGCCUGCAGGAACACCAGAUCCAGAUGCAGAAGUGGUAUCCCUCUCACCCAAGACCUUGCUUGAAUCAGAUCGUUAUGUGUGUGAGAUCUGCAACCAGGGAUUCCAGAGAGACCAGAACCUUCAGAUGCACCGGCGGCGCCACAAGGUGCCGUGGAAGCUACUAAAGAGAGAAACUCCGGUGGUGAAGAAGCGAGUGUUUGUGUGCCCUGAGCCUACUUGUUUGCACCAUGACCCUUGCCAUGCUCUUGGUGAUCUCGUUGGCAUCAAGAAGCAUUUCAGGAGGAAACACAGCAAUCACAAGCAAUGGGUCUGUGAGAGAUGCUCCAAAGGCUAUGCAGUGCAGUCUGAUUACAAAGCACAUCUCAAAACUUGUGGCACCAGAGGCCACUCUUGUGAUUGUGGCCGCGUUUUCUCAAGGGUGGAGAGUUUCAUUGAGCACCAAGACGCAUGCAACAUGGGUAGGUCUACACAGCCAGAAACGCAAGCUGCAGCAACUGCAUGCUUGUCUCGAACAGCUUCAAGCCCUUCAAGCGACACCAAUUUCAGCACAGGUGGUCCUUGGCCGAUGGGCGUAAUCAUUCCAAAACACACAGUUAUUGAAACCACAUUAUCCAACAACAAUCUCUACCCCAAUCUCGAGCUUCAGCUCUCUACGACCACAACAUCCAAUCCCAUUGAUGUUAUUUCUGUAGCAUCGCCUAAAGCUAAGAGAGAGGGAAACCGCUCCACACAGUUGCAGCUAUCCAUUGGGUCAUCGGAAAUAAUAGUGAAUGAGAAGAAUGAAUCAUCACCAAACAGUGAAAAGUCAUUGGGUGAAAGUGUUAAGGAACAGGCACGUGAACAGUUGAGGAUAGCGAUGGCGGAGAAAGCCUAUGCAGAAGAGGCAAGGAAGCAAGCGAAGAAGCAGAUCGAGCUGGCUGAGCUUGAGUUCACAAACGCCAAGAGGAUCAGACAACAAGCACAAACGGAACUGGACAAAGCCUAUGGUUUGAAGGAACAUGCCAUCAAACAGAUAAAUUCAACCAUGCUUCAAAUCACAUGCCAUGCUUGUAAACAAGAAUUUCAAUCACGAACCACAACAGCUUCACCGGACGACAACUCUUUGGUUUUGAGUUACAUAACAACAGAAGGUGGCGAAGUAGAAAACCAUGUCAAAAACGCUAACUCUUAGACAUCAUCACCCCUCUAUCUCUCUUUUCUAUUCUGAUCCCUUCUUUGCUUUUGUUAUAAUUUUUUUCUCAUUAAUUAUUAUCAUUUUGUUUUUGUACCCUAAUUAAUAUCCUUUGUGAAUUUGUAUACCAUAUGAAGUGAGUGGUAUUGAUUACGUAAGUGGGAUUAAAAGCAAGGGAGGUGGUGAGAAAACG